CCGCGGGAGUUUCCAUGGCGACCGAGGCCGGGACCAGGCGGCCUGGCAGCGUUGCCAUGGAGACAACUCCGGAGCUGGGGCUCCAGAGCCUCGGUGCACCGCCGACUCAGAACCCCGCGGAGCCUCUAUGCCGGGCCGGAGCCGCAGUAGCGGCAGCGCGCUGGGACCUGCGGAAAUACUCCUUGCUCAUCGUGAUCGGCGAUAUCUGUACAGAGAGUCAGCUGAGGGCCGUGCGGGCCCACCUUGAACAAGGGAUUCUCUCCUGGAACAUUGACUUAUCAUCCUUUGACUUGAACCAACAGUUGAGACUCUUCAUUACCCGGCACCUAGCUCACUUCUCCUCAGAGGUCAAAGGCCAGAGGACCCUCUGCCACCAGAGUGAGAUCCUCGAGACCAUCAUCCUAGUCAACCCCAGUGCAGACAGUAUCAGCUCAGAGGUUCACCAUCUUCUCAGCAGCCCAUCAGCGCACAAACUCCUGAUCCUGAGUGGACAAACUUUAGAACCUGAGGGAGACCUUAUCCUACAGAGUGGUACCUACUCGUAUCAAAACUUUGCCCAGGUCCUUCACAAACCUGAGAUUGCCCAGUUGCUUAGCAACAGAGACCCGGAGAUCCAGGCCUUCCUCACUGUUUCCUGCUUAGGGGAGGGUGACUGGAGCCACCUGGGACUGUCCAGUUCCCAAGAGACCUUGCACCUCCGGCUAAAUCCUGAGCCUGUGCUACCCACCAUGGAUGGUGUGGCUGAGUUCUCCGAGUAUGUCUCUGAGACUGUGGAUGUGCCAUCCCCCUUUGACCUGCUUGAACCACCCACCUCAGGAGGCUUCCUCAAGCUCUCUAAGCCUUGCUGCUACAUCUUUCCUGGUGGCCGUGGGGACUCUGCUCUCUUUGCUGUCAAUGGCUUUAACAUCCUGGUGGACGGCGGUUCGGAUCGCAAGUCCUGCUUCUGGAAGCUGGUGCGGCACCUAGACCGCAUCGACUCCGUGCUGCUCACACACAUUGGGGCUGACAAUCUGCCGGGCAUCAACGGCCUCCUGCAGCGCAAGGUGGCAGAGCUAGAGGAGGAGCAGUCCCAGGGCUCCAGCAGCUACAGCGACUGGGUGAAGAACCUCAUCUCCCCUGAGCUUGGAGUUGUGUUCUUCAACGUGCCUGAUAAGCUCCGGCUGCCCGACGCCUCCCGAAAGGCCAAGCGCAGCAUUGAGGAGGCCUGUCUCACUCUUCAGCACUUAAACCGCCUAGGCAUCCAAGCCGAGCCUCUGUAUCGUGUGGUCAGCAACACCAUCGAGCCACUGACCCUCUUCCACAAAAUGGGUGUGGGUAGGCUGGACAUGUAUGUCCUCAACCCCGUCAAGGACAGUAAGGAGAUGCAGUUCCUCAUGCAGAAGUGGGCCGGCAAUAGUAAAGCCAAGACAGGCAUCGUGCUGGCCAAUGGGAAGGAGGCAGAGAUCUCUGUCCCCUACCUGACCUCCAUCACUGCUCUGGUGGUAUGGCUCCCAGCCAACCCUACUGAGAAGAUUGUGCGUGUGCUCUUCCCGGGAAAUGCUCCCCAGAACAAGAUCUUGGAGGGCUUGGAAAAGCUUCGGCACCUGGACUUUCUGCGCUACCCUGUGGCAACGCAGAAGGACCUGGCUGCUGGGGCCGUGCCCGCCAACUUGAAACCCAGCAAAAUCAAACAUCGGGCUGACAGCAAGGAGAGCCUCAAAGCUGCUCCCAAGACAGCAGUGAGCAAACUGGCCAAACGGGAGGAAGUGUUGGAAGAGGGGGCCAAGGAGGCCCGCUCAGAGCUGGCCAAGGAGUUAGCCAAGACAGAAAAGAAAGCAAAAGAACCGUCUGAGAAGCCCCCAGAAAAACCCUCCAAGUCAGAGAGGGUGAGGGGCGAGUCCAGCGAAGCACUGAAGGCGGAGAAGCGGAGGUUGAUCAAGGACAAGGUGGGCAAGAAGCACCUGAAGGAAAAGAUUUCAAAGCUGGAGGAGAAGAAGGACAAGGAGAAAAAGGAGAUCAAGAAGGAAAGGAAGGAGCUCAAGAAGGAGGAAGGGAGGAAGGAAGAGAAAAAGGAUGCCAAAAAGGACGAAAAGAGGAAAGAUACCAAACCAGAGGUCAAGAAAUUCUCCAAACCAGACCUGAAGCCUUUUACCCCUGAGGUCCGUAAGACCCUCUACAAAGCCAAGGCCCCCGGAAGGAUCAAGGUGGACAAAGGCCGAGCUGCCCGAGGAGAAAAAGAGUUGUCUUCUGAGCCCCGGACACCCCCGGCCCAGAAGGGGGCUGCUCCGCCUCCAGCUGUCAGUGGGCACAGAGAGUUGGCCUUGUCGUCACCAGAGGACCUCACACAGGACUUUGAGGAGCUGAAGCGUGAGGAGAGAGGUUUGCUGGCUGAACAAAGAGAUACGGGGCUGGGUGAGAAACCACUCCCUGCGGAUGCCACAGAGCAGGGGCACCCAAGCGCAGCCAUCCAGGUGACUCAACCCUCUGGCCCCGUGCUGGAGGGAGAACAUGUGGAAAGGGAGAAAGAGGUAGUCCCAGACUCUCCAGGGGAUAAAGGGAGCACAUACAGAGGCCCAGACUCUGGGGCUGAGGUGGAGAAAGACAAAGAAACCUGGGAGGAAAGGAAGCAGAGAGAAGCAGAGCUGGGCCCAGAGAACACUGCGGCCAGGGAGGAGAGCGAACCUGAGGUAAAGGAGGAUGUGAUAGAAAAGGCCGAGUUAGAGGAAAUGGAGGAGACUCAUCCUUCAGAUGAGGAGGAGGAAGAGACGAAGGCUGAGAGCUUUUAUCAAAAACAUAUGCAGGAAGCCCUAAAGGUAAUCCCAAAGAGCAGAGAGGCUCUUGGCGGCCGGGAACUGGGAUUCCAGGGCAAGGCACCUGAGAAGGAGACAGCAUCGUUCCUAAGCAGUUUGGCCACACCUGCGGGAGCCACUGAACACGUCUCUUACAUUCAGGAUGAGACAAUCCCUGGCUACUCAGAGACUGAGCAGACUAUUUCAGAUGAGGAGAUCCACGAUGAGCCAGAUGAACGCCCAGCGCCGCCCAGAUUUCCUACGAGUACCUAUGACCUCUCUGGGCCUGAAGGUCCUGGCCCCUUUGAAGCCAGCCAGGCUGCAGAUAGUGCUGCUCCAGCCACCUCGAGCAAAACUUAUGGGGCACCUGAGACUGAACUCACCUACCCUCCCAACAUGGUCGCCGCCCCUCUGGCUGAAGAGGAACAUGUGUCCUCAGCCACGUCAAUCACCGAGUGUGACAAACUCUCUUCCUUUGCCACAUCGGUGGCUGAGGACCAAUCUGUGGCUUCACUCACAGCUCCCCAGACGGAGGAGACAGGCAAGAGCUCCCUGUUGCUCGACACUGUCACGAGUAUCCCCUCUUCCCGCACUGAAGCCACCCAGGGCCUGGACUAUGUGCCGUCAGCUGGCACCAUCUCCCCCACCUCUUCCCUGGAAGAAGACAAGGGCUUCAAGUCACCACCCUGUGAGGAUUUCUCUGUGACCGGGGAGUCGGAGAAGAAAGGAGAGACUGUGGGGAGAGGCUUGAGCGGGGAGAAGGCUGUGGGAAAGGAAGAAAAACAUGUAGUGACGUCUGAGAAACUGUCCGGUCAGUAUGCUGCUGUGUUUGGUGCCCCUGGACACACCCUACACCCGGGGGAACCAGCCCUCGGAGAAGUGGAGGAACGGUGCCUCAGCCCAGAUGACAGCACGGUGAAGAUGGCGUCUCCUCCACCAUCUGGCCCACCCAGUGCUGCCCACACGCCCUUUCACCAGUCUCCAGUGGAAGACAAGUCUGAGCCGCGAGACUUUCAGGAAGAUUCCUGGGGAGAAACAAAGCAUUCUCCAGAUGUGAACAAGGGAGACACUGAAGAGCAGACGGUGAGGCCAGGGCCCGAGGAGGGCCCAUCCGAAGAGGGGAAGGGACCUCCUUCCUGGAGCCCCCAAGCCCAGGACACGCCUGAGCGCACUGCUGGGGCUCAGACUGGCUGCACUAUCCAACUCUUGCCAGAACAAGACCAAGCCGUGGCGUCUGAGACUGGAGAGGCAGGUUCAAUCCUAGGAGCAGGGACCCUCCCUGGAGAAGUGAGGACAUCAAAUGAAGAAGCCGCUGUACCUCAGAAAGAUGAGGUACUUCGCUCUACUGAUCAAAGCCUUUCCCCUGAAGAUGCAGAGUCCCUGUCUGUCCUCAGUGUGGUCUCCCCGGACACUACCAAACAAGAGGCCACUCCCAGGUCUCCCUGCAGCCUGAAAGAGCAGCAGCCACACAAAGACCUUUGGCCAAUGGUGUCUCCGGAAGACACCCAGUCACUUUCUUUCUCGGAAGAGAGUCCUAGCAAGGAGACCUCUCUGGAUAUCUCUUCUAAGCAGCUCUCUCCAGAAAGCCUUGGCACCCUCCAGUUUGGAGAACUGAACCUAGGAAAGGAAGAAAGGGGGCCUCUGAUGAAGGCGGAAGAUGACUCUUGCCACCUAGCUCCUGUGUCUAUUCCAGAGCCACACAGGGCCACAGUGUCACCUAGCACAGAUGAGAGCCCUGCUGGGACUUUACCCGGUGGCUCUUUUUCUCACUCUGCACUGUCAGGCGAUAGGAAGCACUCACCUGGGGAGAUCCCGGGCCCUGGUGGACACUUUAUGACAUCUGAUAGCUCCCUCACCAAGAGUCCCGAGUCUUUGUCAAGUCCUGCCAUGGAAGAUCUGGCCGAGGAGUGGGAAGGUAAAGCUCCAGGGAAGGAGAAAGAACCUGAGCUAAAGGGUGAAACCCUACAGCAGAAGGGCCAGAUUCUGCCGGAGAAGGUUGCUGUUGUCGAGCAGGACUCGGUCACACAUCAGGAAGACGAGGCUCUGGAUGAGGAGAACAAGCAUGGAAGGCAGCGGGAUACGACUCCAGAACAGAAAGGCGGAGACUUGGACGAAAAGGACACGGCUGCAGAGCUGGACAAAGGCCUAGAACCCAAAGACAAAGACUUAGACCGGGAGGACCAGGGCCAGAGACCAGGGCCUCCAGCAGAGAAGGACAAGGCCUCAGAACAAAGGGACACAGACCUGCAAGAGACCCAGGCCACGGAACCAAGAGACAGAGCACAAGAGCGCAGAGAUUCAGAACAAAAGGACAAGAGUUUAGAGCUGAGAGAUAGGACUCCUGAAGAGAAAGAUAGAAUAUUAGUACAGGAAGACAGGGCUCCAGAGCACAGCAUCCCUGAACCAACACAGACAGACAGAGCUCCAGAUCGCAAAGGCACGGAUGGCAAAGAACAGAAGGAGGAGGCCUCAGAAGAGAAAGAACAGGUUUUAGAACAAAAAGACUGGGCCCUAGGAAAGGAGGGUGAGACCUUGGACCAAGAGGACAGAACUGCUGAACAGAAAGAUGAGACCCUAAAAGAGGACAAAACUCAGGGACAGAAGAGCUCUUUCCUCGAAGAUAAAACCACAACAUCAAAAGAGACGGCCCUUGACCAAAAGUCUGCAGAGAAGGCCGACAGUGUGGAGCAGCAGGAUGGAGCCGCCCAGGAGAAGACCGGAGCUUUGGGACUGGAAGAGAGCCCAGCAGACGGAAGCAAGGCUCGAGAGCAGGACGAGAAAUACUGGAAGGAACAGGAUGUGGUCCAGGGAUGGCGAGAAACAUCUCCAACCAGGGGAGAGCCAGUGGGAGGCCAGAAAGAGCCUGUUCCAGCCUGGGAGGGCAAGUCUCCUGAGCAAGAAGUCCGGUAUUGGAGGGACAGAGACAUAACCCUACAGCAGGAUGCGUACUGGAGGGAGCUAAGCUGUGACAGGAAGGUCUGGUUCCCCCAUGAGCUGGAUGGCCAAGGAGCCCGUCCACGGUACUGUGAGGAACGUGAAAGCACUUUUCUUGAUGAGGGGCCAGAUGAACAAGAAAUAACCCCCCUGCAGCACACUCCCCGGAGUCCCUGGACCUCGGAUUUCAAGGAUUUCCAGGAGCCCCUGCCACAGAAGGGGCUGGAAGUAGAGCGCUGGCUUGCUGAGUCACCAGUUGGCCUGCCACCAGAGGAAGAGGACAAACUGACACGCUCGCCCUUUGAGAUCCUCUCCCCUCCAGCAUCCCCACCUGAGAUGACUGGACAGAGGGUUCCUUCAGCUCCAGGACAAGAGAGCCCUGUCCCAGACACUGAGUCCACAGCACCCACGAGGAAUGAACCUACCACCCCUUCAUGGCUAGCUGAGAUCCCACCUUGGGUACCUAAGGACAGGCCUCUGCCUCCUGCACCCCUCUCCCCAGCUCCAGCUCCCCCAACACCUGCCCCAGAGCCACAUACUCCUGUGCCCUUCUCCUGGGGCUUAGCUGAAUAUGACAGUGUGGUGGCUGCUGUGCAGGAGGGGGCAGCGGAGCUGGAAGGCGGCCCAUACUCCCCACUCGGGAAGGACUAUCGCAAAGCUGAAGGGGAAAGGGAAGGAGAGGGUGGGGCUGGAGCUCCUGACAGCAGCUCCUUCAGUCCAAAGGUCCCAGAGGCUGGUGAGAGCCACGCCACCAGGGACACUGAGCAGACUGAGCCAGAGCAGAGAGAGCCCACACCCUAUCCGGAUGAGAGAAGCUUUCAGUAUGCAGACAUCUAUGAACAGAUGAUGCUUACUGGACUGGGCCCUGCUUGCCCCACCAGGGAGCCUCCACUGGGGGCAUCCGGCGACUGGCCCCCACACCUCUCAACCAAGGAGGAGGCUGCUGGCUGCAAUACUUCUGCAGAGAAGGAGACUUCCUCCCCUGCCUCGCCCCAAAACCUCCAAUCUGACACUCCAGCUUUCAGCUAUGCAUCUCUGGCAGGACCCGCUGUACCUCCCAGGCAAGAACCGGAUCCAGGGCCCGAUGUGGAGCCCAGCAUCACCCCUCCCGCAGUGCCCCCUCGCGCCCCUAUCUCCCUGAGCAAAGACCUGAGUCCCCCUCUUAAUGGAAGCACUGUGAGCUGCAGCCCGGACAGGAGGACCCCAUCCCCAAAGGAAGCGGGCCGAGGUCACUGGGAUGAUGGUACCAAUGACUCAGACCUGGAGAAGGGGGCCCGAGAACAGCCUGAGAAAGAGACCCGGUCCCCAAGUCCCCAUCACCCCAUGCCUAUGGGCCACUCCUCACUGUGGCCUGAAACCCAGGCACACAGCAGCCUUUCCUCAGACUCAAACCUAGGAUCUGUCCGUCCAAGUCUAGACUUCCCUGCUUCAGCCUUUGGCUUCUCCUCCUUGCAGCCUGCUCCCCCUCAGCUGCCCUCUCCAGCUGAACCCCGCUCCGCACCCUGUGGCUCACUUGCCUUCUCUGGGGACCGAGCUCUGGCCUUGGUUCCAGGAACUCCAACAAGAACCCGACAUGAUGAGUACCUGGAAGUGACCAAGGCACCCAGCCUGGAUUCCUCACUGCCCCAACUCCCAUCACCCAGCUCUCCUGGGGGCCCUCUUCUCUCUAACCUGCCCAGACCUGCCUCGCCAGUCUUGUCUGAAGGGUCCUCUUCUGAGGCUACCACGCCUGUGAUUUCAAGUGUGGCCGAAAGCUUCCCUCCAGGUCUCGAGGCCGCUGAACAGAGUGCUGGAGGACUGGGCUCAGGAAAAGAGUCGGCUGCCCACAGCCUCUGGGACCUCACUCCCCUGAGCCCAGCUCCCUCAGCUUCACUGGACUUGGCUCCAGCUCCAGCUCCAGGCCUGCCUGGAGACUUGGGCGAUGGUACCCUGCCCUGCCGCUCGGAGUGCGCAGGGGAACUCACCAAGAAGCCAAGCCCCUUCCUGAGCCCCUCUGGAGAUCAUGAAGCCAAUGGCCCAGGAGAAACCAGCCUUAAUCCCCCAGGGUUUGUCACAGCCACGGCAGAAAAAGAAGAGGCUGAAGCCCCUCAUGCUUGGGAACGAGGGUCCUGGCCUGAGGGAGCUGAGAGGAGCUCCCGGCCGGAUACACUUCUCUCAUCUGAGCAGCCACUUCGUCCUGGGAAGAGCUCCGGGGGCCCACCCGGCAGUCUUUCUUCUGAAGUCGAAGCUGGACCUCAGGGAUGUGCUACGGAUCCCCGCCCCCACUGCGGGGAGCUUUCCCCCUCAUUCCUGAACCCUCCUCUGCCUCCAUCCACAGAUGACAGUGACCUUUCCACGGAAGAAGCUCGGCUGGCAGGAAAAGGAGGGCGGCGCCGGGCAGGGAGGCCAGGGGCCACGGGAGGUCCAUGCCCUAUGGCUGAUGAGACACCCCCCACAUCAGCCAGCGACUCAGGCUCCUCGCAGUCAGAUUCUGAUGUCCCACCAGAAACUGAGGAGUGUCCAUCCAUCACAGCUGAGGCAGCCCUUGACUCAGAUGAAGAUGGGGACUUCUUGCCUGUGGACAAAGCUGGGGGAGUUAGCGGAACUCACCAUCCCAGGCCUGGCCAUGACCCACCCCCAGCCCCCCUACCAGACCCCCGCCCAUCCCCUCCACGACCGGAUGUUUGCAUGGCUGACCCUGAGGGGCUCAGCUCAGAGUCGGGGAGGGUUGAGAGACUGCGAGAAAAGGGACGACCUGGCCGUAGGGCCCCUGGCCGGGCCAAGCCUGCAUCUCCUGCUCGGCGGCUGGAUAUUCGGGGAAAACGGUCACCUACUCCUGGCAAAGGGCCUGUAGAUCGAACAUCUCGUACUGUACCCCGACCACGGAGCACUCCAAGCCAGGUCACCUCAGCAGAAGAAAAGGAUGGUCACAGUCCCAUGUCCAAAGGCUUAGUCAAUGGCCUCAAGGCAGGAUCAACAGCCUUGGGCUCCAAGGGUGGUUCCGGCUCUCCUGUGUAUGUGGAUCUUGCCUAUAUCCCAAAUCACUGCAGCGGCAAGACUGCGGAUCAGGACUUCUUCCGCCGAGUACGUGCGUCCUACUAUGUGGUCAGUGGAAACGACCCUGCCAAUGGCGAGCCAAGCCGGGCUGUGCUGGAUGCCCUGCUGGAAGGCAAGGCCCAGUGGGGGGAGAACCUUCAGGUGACUCUGAUUCCCACUCAUGACACGGAGGUGACUCGUGAGUGGUAUCAGCAGACACAUGAACAGCAGCAGCAGCUGAAUGUCCUGGUCCUGGCGAGCAGCAGCACUGUGGUGAUGCAGGACGAGUCCUUUCCAGCCUGCAAGAUUGAGUUCUGAAUGACCCACGCUCCCUUCCCCAAGGAUCCACUCCUACAGUUCAUUUAGAGAAUGGCUACUGCUGAGUCCUCUGGGGUUGAGGGAAGUAGAGCUGGGCAGGGGCCAUGUCAUAUUAUUAGGCUAAGUGGGAGGUCCUGUCCUUCCCCUCCUCUCUCCCUGGGGGUUUCAAAACCAAAGGCAAUGAGGGGGCAUACAAAAUCAUGAAAGGUUAUCUGAUGCCCAAAACCCCUAGAGCCACUCCCUCUCCUAGCACUGCCAAAUGCUGGUCUUGCGUGAGGAUGGGUUUCAGACAGCACACUCCUCCCCAUGGAGGAAGAUUUAACAUCCUCUCCCCCAGAACCUCAUUAUUUAUUUGGCAUUCCAGAAAGGAUUGCUGAUAAUUUAUACGAUGCAGGGAAGGCCACUGUUAGUAAGGUGCCAGAGCUGUGUCCUUUCUUCCAUCUCCCAUGCCCUAGCCACCAGAGUCUGCGUUCCAUCAGCGACCUGGGGACAUGUGGCUACUAUACUGUCUUAUCGCUUCCCUCAAUCUCUGAAUGUCUCAAUCCAAAACUUGAAGCUCUUUAGACCAAGAACUAGGGAGAGGAAAAAGGAGCUCAUCUCUCAGCCCCUGCUUCAUACCACUUACAGCCUUGGGCUGUACCCAGACCAGGCUACCUGGGCAGCACAACGGGCAAGGAGAGCCCCCAACCCCAGUCGCUCCAAGCACCCCUAUCACUUAGUCUUCACCUACCCCAUUUCAAUAAGCCUCAUUCCUUCUCAUCCCCUGCUUGGCUUCUCUGCAUGUGGUCAUCUGCUAUGGCCUGGUGUGUAAUGGGUUUAAAAAAAGCCACUGCCUGACAUCCACAUCCACUUUAGCCAUGUGUGACUCCCUCAACAUUCCAAUCCUCUACCAUCCUGCAGCUGAAAUGGGAACACUGGCUGCCUCUCUAAACCUAAACUCUUGGAUAGAGUUUCUGGGAGGUGGAGGCUGGACUAGAGACCUGGGGAGGGGGAUGGGAGGGAGGAGGGGAAAGAAGAGAAGAAGCUAUAGUUUAACUCCUCCCGAGUGAAGACAGGCUGAGCAUUCUACUACAGGACAGGACCUCACCCCAAGCAAGCCAGCGAGCAGCCCGGCCAGACCCUGCUGGACUGAGAAACCCCGCUGCUGACAGACCCUGGGGCUUGCCUUCUUUGCCAAGCCAAGGGGAAACCAAAAGGAGCUUCCCUCCGAUUCUUCCUACUCCCCUCCCUGCCCUGCGCUCUGCUCCUCCCCACACUUCCCUGCUACAGUCCCAGCCGCUGUAACAGCCACCUCCACUCUAACAAUAAACCAAGUUCAUUGCGG